AUGGCUCCCAACUGCAACGCAGACAACAAAUACAAAUGCUACUGCUCAGUAUGCAGAGUUCGAUAUGGAGGAUAUAACACUGUAUCUGCCCAGACAUUAAAGCGUCAUGAAAAAGCCGAGAAAAUUGUAGAGCUUAUGCAGAAUAAUAUCCAGAACGAGAUAAUCGAAGAGACAUUUGAGGUCGAGAGCAAUGAAGAUACUAUGGAUUAUAUCUUUGAUAAAGAAAACUACUUUUUUUUGUUUUCUUGCUAUUUUGGCCUAAUAUUAAUAUUUUGGCAAAAUCGAAUGACAAUGAAGAAGGACCUACCUCUUUCUGAGUCUAAUGCUGUUUUUGGUAUUGAAGGCAAUGAAUACACUGGAAGAAACGAUUUUGACAAUGAAGAAUACGAAACUGAUGGUGAAAUGAGUGACGAUGAAGGUUUUUUCCACCAUUUCAUUGUGGUUGCAAUUAUCUUAUUUGUCUCAUUGUAUGUCGUUGAUGAAGGCGCAGUGAUAUUGAUUUUGAUUGUCAACAAGGUGUUAGAAUUGUUUAAUGAUUCAUUCCGUCUUCCAUUGAGUGUUUCUGGACUAAAGCAACUGGCUGGAUUUGGUGAUUUAACAAAAAGAAUCACGAAGUAUACUGCAUGUGGUAAAUGUCAUACGAUUUAUGAUAAUGAUAAAUCCGUUCCAUUAUGUUGUAUAUCACCUAAGUUUGGUGGUAGCUCUCUGUGUUCCACAACGUUGUUCAAAGCUAGAUCCGAGUCAAGGAUUCCAAAAAAGGCAUAUAUUUACUAUUCAGUCAUAUCAUCUUUGAAAAUAUUUUUCUGUCGCCCUAAUUUUGAAAACAACAUCGAUUCUUGGAACUGUGGCCCCAAGUACUUUGAUGUUGUCUGCUGCACAAUCGUCAAUCCAAUGCACAAUCUUUUCUUAGGCACUGCCAAGAGAAUGAUGGAGAGAUGGGUUGCAGAUGGAAUAAUUGACAAUAAAAAACUCGUUGCCAUGCAAAAGGCAGUUGAGAAGAUAGUGUUGCCGCCUGAUUACAUAUCACUUGGAACAAAGAUCGCAAAGGGGUUUCCCUAUAUGAAAGCUGAUAAGUGGAAGUCUUGGUGUCUUGCAUGUCGAAUUCUGGUCAUGCCAAGCAUAUGUGAAAGUGAUAUCGCAACAGCCCAUAAGUAUCUAGAGGAUUUCUGCAAAAAGUGUGAGACAUUAUACAGCCUAGAUCUUCUCUCGCCAAACAUUCACCUACACCUACACCUCCAAGAUACAACUCGCGACUUUGGACCUGUUUAUGGUUAUUGGUUGUUCAGUUUUGAAUGA